AGCUGGAGGCGGUGUGACGUCAGGGGCGCGGGGCGGUGUGAGCCCGGGCGGCGGCGGGCAGGCUGCUGGCUUGCUCGCUCGGUGGGCGCCGCCGCUCCCUCCCGGUUCCUCCCGCCCCGCCGCCGUUAUGCGGCGGGCGCUGCCGUCGCUGCUUCGCGCUCUCCUCAGGGGCGGCGCGGUGGGGCGGCCGCCCUGGCUCUCGGCGCCCAGCGGGCUCUGCGGCGCGGCGGCCCGCCUGCCAGCCCCGGCGGCGGAGGGGGGCGGCAGCGGCAGCGAGCUCAAUAUACUGCCGUCUUUUGGUUUUCUUUUUGACAUCGAUGGUGUACUGGUACGAGGAAAGACUCCAAUUCCUGCUGCAAAAACAGCCUUUCAAAAGUUAGUUAAUUCUCAGGGACAAUUCGUGGUGCCUGUAGUAUUUGUCACCAAUGCAGGGAAUUGCCUUCGCCAGAAAAAAGCUGAUCAGUUGUCUCAUCUACUGGGAGUUCCAAUUUCACAAGAUCAAGUGAUGAUGUCACACAGUCCUCUGCGGAUCUUCAAGCGUUAUCAUGAAAAAUGUGUUCUUGUAUCUGGACAAGGACCACUUCUUGAUAUUGCUCAAGACCUUGGUUUCUGUCAGCCUAUUACCAUUGAAACACUGCGGGAGAAACGCCCUUUGCUAGAUGCAGUUGACCAUGACAGAAGACCUAACGUUCUGUAUCCCUCUGCCGUGGAGCUUCCCAAGAUUGAGGCUGUUGUUUUGUUUGGGGAGCCAGUCAGAUGGGAAACCAACCUUCAGUUGAUAAUAGAUGUUUUGCUCACAAGUGGCUAUCCUGGAAAUCCCUAUCACCAUGAAAAUUACCCUCACAUUCCAGUACUUGCUUGUAAUAUGGAUCUGAUGUGGGUAGCUGAAGCACAGUCUCCAAGGUUUGGGCAUGGAACAUUCAUGGUGUGUUUGGAAAACAUUUACAAGAAGAUCACUGGCAAAGAUCUGAAGUACGAGGCUUUAGUGGGCAAACCUAGUAAGCUGACCUACCAGUAUGCAGAAUACCUCGUCAGGGCUCAAGCAGCAGAAAGGCAAUGGAAGCAGCCUAUUCAAACUCUUUAUGCUGUCGGAGAUAAUAUCAUGACUGAUGUCUACGGUGCUAACCUUUACAAUCGCUAUCUCAAAGAGAACUCCAGAAAAUGUUCAAAAUCACGGAUUCAGGCCAAAGUUGCUAGUGGCAGAGGAUCUGCUGCGCUCUCUCAGGAUGAUGAAAUAGACAACAGUUGGGAGACGGAAUUAGCGUCUGCAGCUGCUGCCCACUGUAGGUCUGUUCUGGUUUGUACUGGGGUUUACAACCCUCACACAGAGGUGCCCUUGGAUACCACCGAGAGCAUAACUGAAACGGUGUUCCAUGGCCACAGAGAUUUUAGAUUUGAUCCUGGUUUAGUAGAACCAGAUCAUAUUGUGCCAGAUGUUGAUGCUGCUGUAGACCUGGUCUUCCAGCUGGAGAACUUUGCACCUAAUUGAGAUGAUGUGAUUUCUUAAGGACUACUCUGUGCUAUGCCUUUCUUCCCCCCCAAAAUAAAACUGUCCUUUAAAAUUAUGCCACAAACUGCUGCUUUCUAAAACUUUUAAAUUUUAAAUUAAUACAGUCUUAUAUUAAGUAUAUUAAUAAACCUAGGUAUAUUUAUAUACUUAAAGUAUAUUAAAUAUCAAUAAUGCUUUUUAAAGUACUUCAAAAUAUAUAAUUUCUUGUUUUAGUUGCCCUUCAUUGUCCUGUUCAUUAUGUUAGGUAUUCUAAUAGCAAUUUUUCAGAGUGGUUUAUGGAUGUUACUGGUUCUUAAAUUCCCACAUGAUAGUCCAUUCUUUUGUUUGCUGAAAGAUUUAGCUUCUAGGUAUUGGGAAUCUUGAGGAUAUUGGAUUGUGGUGCUGGGGUCAUUGACACAGUUACAAAUUGGCUGGUACAGAGCACAACAUGUAUUACUGCUUGGUAUUCUGCAAGUAAUGAGCGCUCUUUCAAAUUAGAGCAAAGCACAAGCCUGUUCUGCUACUCUGUACUUGCUCAUGUCUAACCCCACAGCCUUUCUUUUUAUCCAUUUUCCCCUGUGUCUGGAGCUGCUCUUGCUUCUCUCUACUCUGAUAUGUAAAGCCUUAAUAGAAUUGCCCAUCUAAGAUGGAGAAGGCUGACUUGUUAACACCAUUUUUGGAACUCCAGCUAAGCUGAACACAGUCACUUAAGGAAAGCAGCUAACAUUGUGAGUCCUGCGUGGCAUAAUGCUUAGCCUUUUUACCUUUUUAUCUGCACUUUUUUGAGGAAUUUAGAAUCUUAGAAAGCUUUAGCAAUUAUGUUUCAGGUAUUUCUGUCAGUUGGACUUUACCACUGAAUGAGUGACUAUAGUUUGGGCAAAAAGUGCCUAGUAAUCUACUUGAAGCCUCAUACCACUAUGGUAAUUAACCAGCUUUCAGUGUAAUAUAUUUCACGUUAUGUUGAUGUUAUACAUUGUUUGGUUCAUGGAUUUUAUAGCUGUUCAUUUUUUUAAAAAAAGUAAUUUAUUUUGUGUUAUUUUUGUAAAAUACUUUUAAAAGAUUUCAUCCAAAAGAUGUCUUUGAAAAUAUUUUUGUGUUAAUUUGUUAUAACACGGUAUAUGGUGUACUUGUGAUAUAAGUUUGGAAAACAUAAGCUGAUUAAGUGUGUUUAAAACCAAAGUCAACUUACACACAAAUAUCACUUAACAUCACCCUGGGGGCUAGUUGAGUUUUUAUGUUUGGGUUUGUUUGUUUGUUUGGGUUUUUUUUCAUGUUAGAAAUUGUACAAACAAAAAUCCAUGGGUCUUCAGUUUUCCCAAGUUCUUGCAGAACUAGCGGAAUGCUAGCUUAAAAGCAUUGGCAGACAGAUGGUGGCAUAAAUGGAAAUGAUCUCCUGGCCACCUUCAUGGCUUAUUAUUCUGAAAUCAAAAUCUGAGAACUCACAUCAUUAAGAGAGCAUUGCUGCUAUGAAGUCAGAUUUUUUUGUGUGUGUGUUUUCUCCAUUUGCAAACCACUGUAAUCACCCUCUGUAUCAUCAGGUUUGUUGAUUCAUUCACUCACAAUGUUUCUUAAGUAGCUUUCCACAUACCUUGCUGAAUCCAGUUUAAGGACACUGCUCUCAACAGAGUAUUUCCUGUUUCUUCUCUGGGAAAGUGUUACCGCAGCACAUUCUUACCUUUUUUUAAUGGGUACAAUAAACAGAUAAAUACCUGUUUCUUUA